AGAGAAGGGAAGUAACCACUGCGUUUUGCAACCCAAAACAAUAAAAGUUUAUACAAUUGCUGAAAAUCAUGCCUUAUGUCUUUGUUAGCACGCAAAUUAGACUGGAAACUGGCCCAACAACAGUCGGAGAUGAAUGGAGUGACAAGGAGCUGAUGGAUUUACUUGGUGCCACGCUUGUGAAAGCUUUAGGCAACAAUUUUUCUGAGUACCAGACGGAAGACCCACCAAGGCUUGUGUUGAACAAGCUGGAGCAGGCCGGGUACCGACUUGUAACUACCACUGGAGUCGGCCAGACAUGUAUAUGGACAAUGUUUCGGGAGUCUUGAUUUUUAUGACAUAGUCAGCUUUUACAUAUAUUUAAGUGGUGAAUUUUAUAGUCUGUAUUUGGUUUUGAUUUAAAGGAUAGAGAGACGGUGUUGCAUUGUAUACUUUGUCUUAUUUGUGAUAUACUAGUUUUCUUUAUAGAAUGAUAAGAGAACCAAUACUUUGUUGUUAUAAGGAAAUAAAUUGGUCAUUAUAGUUUGAUUAUGUAAAAACUUAGUUGUGUGCCUGUUCUCUUGCCAUAUUUAAAGCUUUUUCAUGGUCUUGAUUUUAGUAAAACAAUCAAAGGAGAUAAAGCUAUGCUAAAGGUUAGAAACAAAGCCGGAGGUUGUAUUCAAAAUUGGUCUCCAUUUAAUCUAAGAACGAUGUAUCUAAUUGCAUUGCUUGAUAUAAUAACGGACCUGUGCUGUGAAUGAAGUCAAUGAUGUAUGACCAUAAGGUUGACUUAAGUUGCAUACUGAAUACCAGCCCAGAACAUUUUACUUAUAAUUUUAUACAGUUUCAAGUGAUUUUCCCUUACACAGAUUUCGUUGAACAGAAAUUGAAGUUAUUAUAAAUAAGCACUAUACUGCUGGGUUUAAAUGAAAAUUAAUUUCUGCAAGUUUGAAAUGUAUUUUGUAUAAUUUAUACUUAAAUAUUGUACAUAAUAUAAUUUACUAGUUUUUUUAUUUAGAUAGAUUAAAAAAUGAUAUUCAGUAUUAUUGUUGAUAUUAUUGAUCAGUGAUAUUGUUGUUUGUGUUUGUUGUUUUGAAAAGAAUCAGUUAACACUUCAGAUAUAUCAUUGUUAUUUACAAAUGCAUGAAGCUACAUUUUUAGCUCGUCUGUUUUUAAAAGAAAAAAGUUGAGGUAUACUCAAAAUCUUGGCAAUGCCUUAAAUUAAAAAUUGUUCAGGAUAUUCAAAUGAAACUUGAUGUACCGGUACAUAUUGCCAGAGACAGUACACACAUGUUAAGAACAAUUAUUUUGUGUGUGUUUUUCCGCCUUGGACUUCAUUGUUAAAUUUUGUUGUUAAAUUUUCAAUUAUAUAUACUAUUGCCAUAUCGUGUACAUUGAUUGUAGUUUGCUAUAUGUAAUAAUAUGUAUAUUGUUUGAAAAUGCAUUGCUCAUGUUGCUGCACAGUGGUUCCAGAGAUUUUAAUAAGUGUUCAUUUCUAUAGCAAGCCACAUAACUCUGGCUUAAAUCAUUUUCAAGGGAUACCCCUUGUUUGACUGAAAUAAACAGAUAAGGGUUGGCACUCACUCGGCGCCACUUUUGUUAAACAAAGAAACCACCACUUGCUUUAAUGAUGGAUUGGAUAUGUAAAGAACAUAUAUGCAAGUGAAUGUAUCCUGUUUUGUAGAGAUUAAAGGAGUUCUAAAAUGGUUCAGGAUUAAUGCUGAAAUGAUUGAUACUUUUAAUUUCAGACUAUUGUACAGUUGUAAAGAUUGUUUUUGCUUGGACAUUUGAAUCAACAACAGUAGGCAGUACCUUAAAAAUGAUAAAAAAUAAUAAUAAUUUGGAACCCCAUUACUCUGCUUUGGGCAUGAAUCCCUCAUACUAAUAAACCCUCAGCUAUUUUUCAGGAUUGACAAUUAUCAGCUGUUGAAACCCCUGUCAUUUUAAGUAACACAUUUUUGUAUUUGUUCAAUAGAUUACCUUGUUUUUUAUUUGUUACACUUUCAAAUCAAACUUUGCAUAGACAUUGCCUGCAAGUCAGUUGUUAUAGUUCAGUGAUAAAUCAGGCUUGAACUGUU